GACCCCCUCCCUUGUUUGUUCCCCCCGUGCUGUAGCACUGUAGCAGCCAGCGCGAAGCCACGGAAUCCCCAAUUUCUCUUCCCUUCUCCCAGAGCUCCUCCGCUUCGAACCCUAGCCCUCCCCUCCCUCCUUCCUUCAUUUCCCCAUGGACGACGACGACGCCGGGGGCGGGGGCGACGCCUCCCCGCCGCACGCCGGCGCGGUAGUUGAGCCCGGGGCGGCGCCGCGGGACGUCGCGGCGUCGCCGACGAGCUCGCGGUCGGUGACGGAGACGGUGAACGGGUCCCACCGGUUCGUGAUCCAGGGGUACUCUCUGGCCAAGGGCAUGGGGGUGGGGAAGCACAUCGCCAGCGAGACCUUCACGGUGGGCGGGUACCAAUGGGCGAUCUACUUCUACCCCGACGGGAAGAAUCCCGAGGACAACUCCGCCUACGUCUCCGUCUUCAUCGCGCUCGCCUCCGAGGGCACCGACGUGCGCGCGCUCUUCGAGCUCACGCUACAAGACCAGAGCGGCAAGGGCAAGCACAAGGUGCACUCACACUUCGACCGCUCCCUCGAGUCUGGCCCCUACACCCUCAAGUACCGGGGAUCCAUGUGGGGCUAUAAAAGGUUUUUUCGGCGUACUGCUCUUGAGACAUCAGACUUUCUUAAAGAUGAUUGCUUGAAGAUAAAUUGCACUGUGGGUGUUGUGAUAUCAACCAUGGAUUACUCUAGGCCACAUUCAAUAGAGGUUCCAGAAUCUGACAUAGGCUACCAUUUUGGGACGCUUUUGGACACUGAGGAGGGUGCAGAUGUUAUUUUUAGUGUAGCAGGAGAAAAGUUUCAUGCUCAUAAGUUGGUGUUGGCUGCCCGGUCUUCUUUUUUUAGAUCUGAAUUUUUUGAUUCCGAAUCAGAUGAAGAGAAGAAUGAGGCUGACAUAAGCAACGAAAUCAAAGAGAUUGUCAUCGAUGACAUGGAGGCAAAAGUCUUCAAGGCUGUGCUUCAUUUUAUGUACAGGGAUAAUCUUGUCAGUGAUGAUGAAUUAUCUGCAUCAAGCUCAGGCUGUUCUAUCUUUGACACUUUAGCUGGGAAGUUGUUGGCUGCAGCAGACAAAUAUGAAUUGCAGAGGCUAAGGGUGUUAUGUGAAUCUUACUUGUGCAAACAGAUUUCUGUGAACUCUGUGGCAACUACUCUAGCACUGGCUGACCAGCACCAUGCUACUGAGCUUAAAUCCGUUUGCCUAAAAUUUGCUGCUGAGAAUCUUUCAGCUGUAAUCCGGACUGACGGGUUUGAUUACCUCAAAGACCACUGCUCGGCUCUGCAAUCGGAGAUACUGCGGACGGUGGCCGGGUGUGAGAAUGAAUGCAGCAGCGGCGGGAAGAGCCAGAGCGUGUGGGGGCAGAUCUCGGACGGCGGUGACACCAGUGGGCGCAGGGUGAGGCCGAGGGUCUGACACCGCAACCGCAAGCACUGACCUGUGUAAGCUAGCUGCCGCUGCUGUAUAAAUCAGGACAGCAUUUGAUUUUUGACAACUCUUGGAAUAAUAGCAUCUGCCUGUAUCAUCUUGUUCGUAACCAUUUGUUGGACAUUUAUGUUCUUUCUUUUAAAAGAGGAUGUUGGAUCGGUAACGAGUUAAAUAGUUUAUACCAGCCUCGGAAAAGCACGGGUGACUGAUUUACAAGCAUUGUAUAACAAGCGGAGCAAUCAGAACAACUGAAUAUAUGUUUCGCCAAAACAUAAUAUUUUUGGU